AUGUUAUACAUGAUGGAUUUCCCGCUCUACACCCUCUUUUUCAUCUCCCUGAUCGAGAAUGGAUCAAGGGCUGCCGCUCUUGAUUCAACGUGCUUGUCCAUAGAUGGGACAAUCUGCUUUAACAGGGGCAGCUGCAUCGAUGGUCGUUGUCAGUGUCAGACAGGCUAUGGAGGGACAGACUGUUCUAUGAGAUGUCCAACGGACAUCUACCUCAACCCUUGUAGUGCUCGUGGAACGUGUAGCAACACGGGAAACUGUGUUUGUUCUGCAGGUUGGACAGGGUUCAAGUGUGAGUUUGAGUGUCCGGGAGGUUUCAUGAACCCGUGCAGUGGAAAAGGAGCUUGUAAGAGCGACGGCUUCAAAUCUUUCUGCGAAUGUUUAUCGAACAUCCCUGACAACUUCACUGUCGCCUACACGGGUCGUUCAUGCGAGCUGCCGGUCUUCAACGAAUCCUCCAGCAUCCUUGGAGUCGUGCACGACGGCGACACAGCCACGGGCAUCAAACUUGUGCUUGCUGUAGUUCCUGUGAUGAUUACACUGUUUGCCAUGUUUGGCCUCUGUACCUUUUACAAGAAAAGGCAAGCAGUCCUGUUCAUCAUACUUGAAGAUCUUGUGGGGUAUGUUCGCCGAUUGUUCCAGAAAUCAGAGCAGGAGGAGGAUCUCGAUGAAUCUGUGCACUCCCCCGAGAAGGAAGAUGUCACCUUUGAAGAGUACGAGCUGGAGGUCAAAGACGACAUGGUGCUGAAGAGCUUUAGCAGCAUUCCUGCGUACCUCCCUGGAAGGUUCCUACACCUCGGAGCUGUGAAGUUGGGCCUGCAGCAGCUGGACCUCGAUCAGUACCUGUCAGCAGCCGGAGUGACGAGGGUGCAGCGGGCGAUCCGAUCGAUCCGGGAGGUGCAUGAGUUUGAGGACAGGACCACAGACAGGCUUACAGAGUACAAGAUGUAUGUGCUUGAGGCGCAGAGGACCCGCGCUGUGCUCUACUGCAAGGAGGCUCCGAUUGACGCUGCCUUCAGAUAUCUCAAGAUUGUGGAUCUGCCUGGCCGUCCAAACUUCUCAUCUGAGAGGAGGAGGUUUCGCAAGAGAAAGCUCUCGAACGAAUAG